UAAGCUUUGGCGCGGGUUUGAAUGCUGGGAAUAUUUACUGUUGGUUCGGGAGGUGUCAGUGAGCAGCAGAAAUGGCAGAUUCGCCGCAAGACAAUAUGACCACCCGGUCGCUGCUGAAGCAGAUUAUUGCGACAGAGCCGACUCGCUCCGCUGUGCGAUACCAACUGAGAAAGAGAAGCUCGCAGCAGCAGCAGCAGCAGGGAGCUCCUUCCCCCCGCACUCCCCGGAGGCGCAAUGCUAAUGUCUCCUCCCCGUUACACUCUGUGCUCAGUAACAUGAAGGAGAGAGUGAGGCGUUCCAUCCGCACACAGUCCAACGGGAAUCCCACAAGGGAAAGCCUUCCUCACACUGACGCGACUGGGCCUCGCCUGACUCGGAAAGGAGCCCAGGGCCUUCAGGGCUAUGUGGAGGAUUUAGAUGGGAUCACCCCAAGGAGCCUGUUAAGGAAAAUCAUUCAGAAUGAACCCGAGGUCUCUCUCAUUGUCUCUCAGAAAUAUGGCCCAGCCGCCACCUCCACAGAACCAGAAAUGACUUUGGGCCAUUCCUUGAGCGGCGUUGGUGCCCUAGGGGUGAGCCUGCAAGAACUGCCAGAGGAUGAGGGGAAACAUGCAUUUGGGAAGGCGAAGAAGAAGAAGAAACGGAUGAGCGUUACGCAAUUCGAGGAAGGUGUGAACCAAAGACUGACCCAGCCCGAGGAGCACUCUGCGAGCGACGUGAUCCAACAAAGUGCCAUUCAGUCCAUGAGUCUGCACGACUUACAGGAGCAUGACAGGGCCCACGCGUUUGGGAAUGCUAAAAAGAAGAAACGCAUGAGCAUUACACAGUUUGUACAGGGCGUUGAGCAAAGGCUGACGCAGACUGAAACAAGCGCUAUGAGCCGUAUUACCCAGCCAACUGAAGUUCAGCCAGUACUGGCAGACCAAUCUGGGAUUACAACAUUUCUUCAAAGUAGUAGCCUAGAUACGUCGGCUGAACCAGAAAUAGUGCAAAAACAUGGCUUAGUGCGCAGACCAAAAAAGUUUAACUUUGUUUCUUUAGAAGACUUUGAGCAAGGAGUGCAUGAGAACUACAAUCUCUUGAAAGGCUCCCAGGAAUGCUUCGUAGAAUCGGCUACGGAAGACACUGGCAUUCAGAAUGAAACUGCUCAUAUGAACACAGAGCUUUAUGCCCAACCAGGAGUCAGUGAAAGAAACUUACUAAGAACUGAUGCAUCACCAAAGGAAACUGAGGAAGCAAACCUUUCAAAUCAACAGCAAACCGAGGAAGUAUAUGAUAAACCAAUGGAAACUGAAAUUGAGGAGUCGUACCUUGAGCCUUUAACACAAAAGCAGACUCUCCUUAAAUCCCAGCUGGAAGGUGAAUUUGAAGACUAUCCACUAAAUGCUGUUGAUAGUGAAGAAGAAAUAAAUGAAAGCAUGCAAGAUAAGGGUAAGUCAGAUGAUGAAGAGGCACAGCCUAUUUUAGGAGAUCGUCAGCUGCACGAUUCAGAAAAUAAUAUCAGCCAAACAAAUGAAGAAAACGAUAAUCGAGAAUCUCACUCUCCUGACACCCCUGAAGAAAGUGUAAUAUUAAAUUCCACAGAAGUGACACUUGAUCCCCAUGUGGAAUACAAAAGCCUUGCAACACCUGUCAGUAAGUGGGCAGAAGUACAGCAUAAGCCACCAGAAGCUAGCAGAAAAGAAAGCUUGUCCCCAGCAAAUAAGUCAUGGCACAGUCCACAUCAAAAGGCCACUAACCAGGUUUCAAGUCUUCUCCCUUCGGUGUUGUCUUCUAUAACAGAAAAGGAGCUUGAUCAGCCUGAAGACAGCCAACUAAGCGAACAGUCAGAACAACUAAUGGCAAAAAGCACCGAUACUGCACUACAGGAAGGGACAGUUACAGAUGAAGAGGAGUCAAGGAGUGAUGAUCUGUCGAUUGCGCUCAACCAGAAAGUUGCCUUAGUAAAGCAAAUGCUUCAUCCACUGACUGACACACCAGCAUAUGUCAAAAAUGGGAAAUCUAAGAUCACCAAAAAACACCCAGCUGGCAACCUAGCUCCGAGAAAGAAAACCAACGAAACUAGGAAAAAGGAGCCUGGGCUUUCAAGCAGCUUUAUAAAGCAGUUAGUUAACCACAGCACUCAGAUGAAAGUAUCAAAAGAUUCAUACAAAGAGGUAGAAACAUGUUUGAAAGUAUAUUUUGAGCAGCUGUGUGGCGACUUAACUGCAUAUGCCAUGCAUGCUAAUAGAAAGACUAUCACUUGCUCUGACAUUGAGCUUCUGAUGAGAAGGCAGGGCUAUGUGACUGACGCAAUGCCUCUUAAUGUCUUAAUUGAGCGACAUUUACCUAUGGAAUACAGGAGAUACUUAAUUCCUUGUGCUUCCAGUGGAAACCAGGUUUAUCCUAAGACUAAGUCAUAACACAGUAAAUGCAUUUAUAUUCUCUUUGUUAUGUGGUCGUUGUUGGUGUGAACUUCGCAUUCUUAGCACUUUGCUUCAUUCACUGAAACUGACAGCUAUUGAGGACUGUGGAAUACAUGCGGUAUUUGGUAAUGGUCUUUAAAGGGGUGAGGCCCAAGCACAGUUACUCAGUAUAUUCAUUAAUUUACCUACAAAUGUUAGCAAAAUAUCUGGCACACACCAGCUCACUGGAAACGCUGUUCACGUUAAAAGUAGUAAAAAAAAAAAGCUGCACAGUGUUGCUGUGGUUACCUCGCUAAAGUUGCUCUAUCUUUAUGCUUUAAGUUUGAUACCAAUCAUUCAGUAUUUAUCUUCAGAUGUCUGUCAGGGUUUGUUUCAAUAAAUAAGCUGGCUGUGCUUUUAUAUAAUAGGCUGUCGCUGUCAGUUGUACCUGUACAUAGGGAAGGCUUUUAUCUUAAGCCUCUGCUAUUUAUGGUAUCUCUCUCGUUCAUCUUUCAGUCUGUUUUUGAACCCCUUCUUGAUGGGUAGGUCUGUAAGCCACAACCCCCCCUCAAAGAAAAAAAAUAGGCUAACUGCACAUUAAAUGCACAAUACCUGUAUCAGUUAACUACUUAAUGCACAAUGCCUGUAUCAGUUAACUACUUAAUGCACAAUGCCUGUAUCAAGCUAAUUGGUGGAAUUCCCCCUGCUUCCAUUUUUAUCCGUGCCCAUUGUCUGUGACAUCUAUGUUAGUAAUAUGUUCAGCAAGAUUUGCACAUGCAAAGAUGUUGUUUUAUGUUCUCAGCUACUUACUAUGCACUUUGUCUCAAUAAAGAAAUAUUUUAGUGCAUCAA